AUGGCCUCAUCGAAAGUCGCCCAACAAUACUGGAGAAGCCUGGCCCGGCCCGGACGCCAGGGGGCCGGCGCUCCGCUGCAAGUGUCGGUGCCGACUAACACCAGCAUUGUAAAGUACCGAAACAGCACGACCUCUAGUUCAUCAGCAGACGACGACAAGCGCCAAAGGGUAGUCAUUCUCGGUUCGGGAUGGGCAGGCUACGCUCUCGCCCGUGAGCUUGAUCCUAAGAAAUAUGAGCGUAUUCUAAUCUCACCACGCUCCUACUUUGUCUUUACUCCGCUCCUGGCCUCAACUUCAGUCGGCACCCUUGAAUUUCGUUCGACUCUCGAACCGGUCCGCCGCCUCGGUCUUGAUGCUUUCCACCAAGCAUGGGCCGACGACGUUGACUUCUCUCGCAAACUCGUCCGUAUCGAAAAGGUCACAUCUGAGGAUCCUACCUCUCGCACAUUGCCCGCAAAGCCGCACCAGCCCAAGGGUGAGACCAUUGACGUGCCUUAUGACAAACUCGUCAUAUCCGUUGGGGCGUACUCGCAGACCUUUGGCAUCGAGGGUGUAAAGGAGCACGCCAACUUCCUGAGAGACAUCGGCGAUGCGCGAAGCAUCCGUCUCAAGGUUCUGCAACUAUUCGAGAAGGCAAGCUGGCCGACUGUGACGGAAGAGGAGCGCCGCGAACUUCUUCACUUCGCCGUUGUCGGUGGAGGACCGACCGGUAUUGAGUUUGCCGCCGAGCUUCACGACUUGAUCCACGAUGACUUGUGCAAAAUCUACCCUCAUCUGAUGGAGUUUGUCUCCAUCACCAUUUACGACAUCGCUCCCAAAGUGCUUCCAAUGUUCGACCAGCAGCUUGCCACGUACGCAACGGAUCUCUUCCGCCGCCAAGGCAUCGCGGUACGUACGGAGCACCAUCUGCAACGUAUUCGCCCUGGCGAGCGCGGCGGCCUUAAGCUCAAGAUUAAGGAGUAUGGGGAGGAGGAGGUGGGCGCUGGCAUCUGUGUCUGGAGUACCGGCUUGAUGCAGAACCCCUUGAUUCAAACACUCGUCGCGAAGGAGCUCCGGAACCCUACCGAAAAGGAGGGUGAAUUGUUGAAGAUUAAGAAGGCCGAGCGGAGCGGCGGUAUAGUUACGGACUCACGCCUACGCGUUCGUCUGGAUGACCCGAAGAACGAGAAUGCACUGCUCCCUGAUGUUUACGCGAUGGGCGACUGUUCAGUUCUUGAGACUGAGACGUUGCCAGCGACAGCGCAAGUCGCAAGCCAACAGGCAAAGUACUUAGCGAAGACGUUGAACCGGACUGCGGUACUUGGCGGCGUUGAGCCUGCAAGUGAGAAGCAGCCUCGUCCCUUCACUUUCCGCAACUGGGGCGCCAUGACCUACCUGGGCUCCUGGCGCGCUAUUCACCAGAGCUCGGCUGAUGAGCUCAAGGGCCGUGCGGCUUGGAUCUUGUGGAGGACGGCGUAUCUUACCAAGUCCAUGAGUAUCAAGAACAAAGUCCUUGUCCCUUGGUAUUGGUUUAUUACGUGGGUUUUCGGCCGAGACAUUUCUCGAUUCUGA